CAAAAACAGUAAAACACUACUGCUUUCACCAAUCUCAGUAUAUUUCAUUAAUCAAAUCCUUAAUAUUUUCAAUCAAAAAGCUCCUCCUCAGUGGUGUAGAUCCCUGUUUUUCAUCUUUCCAUUGCAUUUCGUCUUCCUGAUCGCAACUCCUGUGAAGAUUCAGGAUUUAGAACUGCAAAUUAAAGCAAUCCGAAUUUUUUGGCAUUCCUCUCUCAAAAUCAAGGACACCCAUUGUUGUAAAUCUAAAAGGGUGUCGUUUUCUUGGGGAAAAGUUUCAUCUUUUGUGGUUUCUGUGGAAUUUUCUAUAGUGGGUGAUCAAUGGGGAAGGUGGUCGUUGGGGCGGUGGUCAUAUGUGCAGCAGCAGUAGCGGCGGCGGCCGCUGUGGUGGUGCAUCGGAAAAUGCGGGAGGCUGCCAGGUGGGCCAAGGCAAUGGAGAUAGUGAAGGAAUUUGAGGAGAAAUGUGCGACCACAAUGGGGAAGCUGAAGCAGGUGGCUGAUGCUAUGACUGUGGAGAUGCAUGCUGGCCUUGCAUCUGAAGGUGGCAGCAAGCUCAAGAUGCUCAUCAGCUAUGUCGACAAUUUGCCAACUGGAAAUGAGAAGGGAUUAUUUUAUGCAUUAGAUAUUGGAGGAACAAACUUUCAUGUUUUGCGGGUGCAAUUGGGAGGGAAGGAUGGUGGUAUUGUUAAUCAACAAUUUACUGAGGUAUCAAUUCCUCCUAGUCUGAUGACUGGGACUUCUAAUGGAUUAUUCGAUUUCAUUGUGACAGAACUUGCAAAAUUCAUUGCUGAAGAAGGUCCUGACUUUCAGCUAACUCCUGGUAGGAAGAGGGAGCUAGGUUUUACCUUUUCUUUUCCUGUGAUGCAAUCAUCCAUUGCUUUUGGGACUCUUCUUAGGUGGACAAAAGGCUUCUCCAUAGAUGAUAUUGUUGGCCAAGAUGUGGUAGCAGAACUGACCAAAGCAAUGGAGAGAAAAGGGCUUGACAUGCAAGUUUUGGCUCUGGUCAAUGACACAGUUGGGACACUGGCUGGAGGUAGGUACAUGGACAAUGAUGUUGUUGCUGCUGUGAUCCUAGGUACUGGAACAAAUGCUGCAUAUGUAGAAUGUGCACAGGCAAUACCAAAGUGGCAUGGUCUGCUUCCUAAGUCUGGGGAUAUGGUUAUCAAUAUGGAAUGGGGCAACUUUAGGUCAUCACAUCUUCCAUUAACAGACUAUGAUCAUGCAUUAGAUGCAGAUAGUUUGAAUCCUGGUGAACAGAUUUAUGAGAAGAUAAUAUCUGGCAUGUAUCUGGGAGAAAUUGUACGCAGAGUUCUAUGCAGGAUGGCUGAAGAAGCUGCAUUUUUUGGUGACACCAUGCCAACAAAACUUAAAGUACCAUUCAUAUUGAGCACUCUUAAAGAUGCUGUCUCUGGACAGCUACCAUUUGUGAAAUGAGAACCCUGGUAUCAAACAUCUUUCUCAUCCUUGUUAAGAAAGAUGUGUCUUUGGGAAUCUGCAUUACACUGUGAUAUAGGACUAGUUUGGGAAUCUGUCUACCCAGCUUGUUGUGACUUAGGGGGUAGAAGGAUUUAGUUAAUAAGGUUUGAUUUCUUGAAGUAGGUUAGCAGCAAGUCUUGACUGUGAGCAUUUGAUCUAUGGUUCAUGCAUUUAUAGCUUUUAAGGUGAUUUAAGGUUUCAAUAGUAUAAGAUUUAGGCUGGUGUUGCCUGCAAGGAAGAAAAGGUAGGUCUAUGAACAGUAGUGGAGACAUAGAACAAAAACUAAAUACAAAUAUCUCUAAAUCGACAAUUAAGUAUUAACUCAUAAUUUUAUCUUGUUUUUCCUUAUCUUGAAGUGAGAAAAUUACAAACUGCUUCUCAAAUAACUACUUUUCUUUUGGCCUCUCUCAAAUAGCUACUCUUCUAAAAUCCUUGUAAGAAGUGCCUAUUAUAAUUUUCCCCUCUUCUUCACCCAUCCUUAGCUGUACUUUAUGGCCUCCCUGAAGCCUUCCUUUUUUCUUAAUAACUAUACCUUCUAGAUUUGGGUUAAAAUGAUAACAAUGGGCUCAUAGAUGAUAGGAUUACUUAUCAGAUU